AUGCAGGCUGCGACCCUCUCUGCCCCUUCGCUUACUUGGAGCCAGCCACGCCGAGCUCCACGGGCUUGCUUCCGAGGAAGCACGCCUGGGAAGGAGGGCUCUGGCCAGCUCCUCCAGCACGCCCCUGGCCCCAAUUCCGCCCUAAAGCAGCAAGAGCCCCGAGAGGCUGGGAGAGAGAAGGCGCCAGCAGGGGCCAGAGCUACAACCUCCGGCCCCCAACCCAGAGGUCCCCCGCGGGGAUCAUCUCUCUCUGCCCGGCUUCGGGGGGGGGGCGGCUGCAGUGCCGGUGGGGUGAGGCUGAGGAGCCCAACUCCGCCUGGCCAAGCCCCCACCCCGAAGCCACACACCGCACACACACCCCCGGCGGCGGGGGAGGCGCCCCCCCGGUACUCACUGCAGGCGCCCACCACAUCCUGCCAGGCUGCGCCUCCUCCGCCUGGCGCUCAUCUCAGUGGCUGCCUCCUCCGCACCGGCCAGCAGCGCGUCUCGGGCGGGCCGGGCUCCGGGGCCCGGGCGGCGGCGGCGGCAGGCACCCUCAGCGCAGGAGUCCCCUCGUUCCCGGAGCGGGGCCAGCAGUUCGCGCUUCCGCCAGUCCCAUCACACGCGCCUCCCCGCGGGCGCUCAAGUUGGCCAGUGGCCGCCACGCCGCGCAGGAGGAGGAGGAAGAAGACGCGGGGCCGGCGGGCGGGCGGGCGACGCCGGCUCGGGAUCGGCUCUCUCGCUCCGCUGCGCCAGCACACCGUGCACAGGCGGGACGUGGAGGAGGAGGAGGAGGAGGAGGAGGAGGAAGAGGGGCGGCGGCGGCAGCCCCAAGAGGACUGGGGCAACCCGAGCCGAGGCAGGCUUGCAUGCAGAGCCGCUCUCCAGGCAGACAGAGCGGGGAGGAUGCGAGGGCGGGGCGGCUUGACGCGCUGCUCGGGACCUCGGGGAGCAGCAGGCGAGGAGCUGGCGGUUCGCACGCAGAAGCGGAGCCCGGCCAAGCGCCGCGGAGCCGGGCUCGUCCUCUCCCCGCCUGUAGCCCACCCCGCAAGAGGCAGGCAGGCGGAGUCGCUGCCGCAAAGAGGAGCCACCGCUCCUCGACUGGGUCGGCCGGCGGAGCGCGCGCGCGCGCGCGCGCCACCAUCCACACGUGCAGGCAGAGCUGCACUCCGCCCCGGCGCUCGUGUGCGCGGGUACCUGAACAAGCGGCCCUGGCCGCCCCUGCGGGUGCCCGGCCUGCCCGCCCAGGCACGAGGCAGUCAGGCCUCCAUCGAUGCUGCGCGGGGUCUGUUUUUCAAGGGGGACACCCAGGUCUCGGGCAUGCUUGCCCAGACAAGACAUUGGGACCAAGAGGGGUGAAGGACCACCAGCUAUGGGGCUGAUCGGCUACUUCGAAUGGGGCCGAACUCCAAAGAGCAGUGGGAGAGCGUGUUACUUUGGAGUGCUCCCCCGUAGCUCGCAGGGACAUCAUCGAGGAACAAGGGGACUUCCAACACCUUUGGAAAACGGAAGUAAUAGGCAGAUGGGAGGAAAUGUAUGUGGGAGUAAUGCGGCUCUGAAAGGAAGGACUGAUUGACAUCUGCCCAUCACUGGAUUUCUCUCCUGAAGAUGAGCAAGACGUUCUCCAUGCCUCUUCCCUGUCAAAGGGGGUGGCGGGUCAGUUCGCUGCCUCCCCCCGCCACAGGAUCUGCACAUUCGAAGUAAUUUUGGGGUUCCCCAGCGCCUCUGUUUUUAUUUUAAAAGCUGAAAUAUGGCUUUCCUCCCACCCUUUUCUCCCUCGCCCCAUACUCAAAGCGAUUCUUGUCGAUUCACCUCAAAUCUGGCUGGUUCAAUUCGACUUUGAAUCGUAUCAGUCUUUUUAGGAGUGAUUUGAUUUGAAGUCAAAACACUUGAAACACCCCGUUUCGAGUCAAAACGUUUGAAAUGUUUUGAAACGAGUCAAAAUGUUUUUUUGAAAUGUUUUGAAACAAGUCAAAACGUGUUUUUUUCCCGAGUCAAAACGUUUGAAAUGUUUUGAAACGUUUGAAAUGUUUUGCACAUCCCUAUUGGAAACUGCAGCUUAGUUCCUCAGUCUCAUUAUUGGGCACAGACUGAACUGCGCUCUGAUUGACCAUUGCCAGUGACCUGCUGAAUGGUGUGAUGGUGUCCAGCUCAAAGCCUACCUGCCUAGUGAUGUCUUCUUAGCUCUAGACCAGGGAUUCUCAACGUUGGGUCUCCAGAUGUUAUUGGACUUCAACUCCCAUAAUCCCCAACCCCAGUGGCCUUUGUUUGGGGCUUAUGGGAGUUGAAGUCCAAUAAUAUCUGGGGACCCAAUGUUGAGAAUCCCUGCUCUAGACCACCAGCCCCACCCUUCCAAUAAUCAAUUGACACUUUUAUUAAAUUAAUAGUAUUUUCACUAUUGUCUCAAUUACGAAUGUAAGAAGAAUUUUACCAAAGGUCUGCCUAGUUCAGCAACUCCUUACCAGAGUAGCCAACCAGAUAGCCAGGAACAAGGAUUGAAGGAAACAGUUCUCCGCUGUUGUUGGAUGCUAACAACUAGUACUUAGAGAUAUACUGCCUCUGAACAAGGAAGUUCUAUUUGGCUGUAAGGGCUAAAAGCAUAAGAGCUGUGCUGGAUCAGACCCAAGAUCCAUCUAGUCCAGCAUCCUACUUCUAACAGAGACCAACCCAGGUGCCUCUGAGAAGCCCACAAGGAGGUCAAUAGCCCCCUCCUGCUUUUGCUCCCCAACAGCUGUUAUUCAGACAGUCCCUGAAUAUAGAAUUUCUGCAUAGCUAACUUGGCACAGAGGCACCUUUUAAUGUGGUGAUUCUCUUUAUUUAGCAGGGGGAGAGCAACUGGCCCUCUCCACCCCCAGCACAGCUUCCCUCCAGUGGCUGCUGCUGGUGUCUAUCUUAUGUUUCUUUUCAGAUUGUGAGCCCUUCGGGGACAGGGAGCCAUCUUAUUUAUUUGUUAUUUCUCUGUGUAAACUGCCCUGAGCCAUUUUUGGAAGGGUGGUAUAGAAAUCGAAUUAAUAAUGAUAAUAAUAAAUAAUAUAAUAGCCA